AUGAAAUCCCAUGAUGAAAAGUCUCGAGUUCAAGUUCGGUUAAUAAGUGUGGUGAGUCAAAAUGAAAAAAGUGAAAUUGGAAAUAUUAAGAUUAGUUGGGAAAGAGGAGAUAAUAAUGGUACAACUAAAGUUUUUUCUAUUGGAGAAGAAAUUAAUGAAGAAUUUAGUUUUAUUUCAACGUUUCAAUAUUCAAAAGGUCAUCUAAAACCAAAAAUACUUAAAUUAAAUAUCAUAUCAAGAAAUAUGACAAUUGGAAGUGAAACAAUUAAUCUUUCAGAUUAUUUUAAUGAUAAAGCAUCUAUAGGUGAACAGUCAAUAAAUAAAUUAUUAAAUGUUGGAAAUGAGAUUUUAACAAUCAAAUUACUUCUUUUAUUUGGGGAUCAUCUUUUUUCAACUCCUAAAAUUAGUAAACAAAAGACAAGAAUAAUGGGUAGUCCAAAUACUUCUUCAAGUAAAGUCCUUACUUCUUCUAGUUGUAAUACUCCUAAAAGAAAAAUCUGUCAAAGUACGAUUUCUGUUAAUAAAAUUCCUUCUUCUAAAACUUCAUUAGAUCUUACAAGAUCUUUUGAGUUUGAAAAUACUAAACAAACUCAACCAGUUUUUAAUACUCUAAAUAAAGAGUCAAACGGAGAUCCUAUCAUAUCUCAUCGAACAAUAAGGUCAAUUGACAGAAUACAUAGAGCAACAGCAGAUGCUUCACAAAUUCGUUCUGCUUUAGAUCAACCAACAAUAGGAAGUAACAGUAAUAGUAUUGCACGACAAAGUAGUUUUAGACAAAUAAAACGAGAUGGUCCAUUAAGAGAAAGUUCAACAAGAGAGUUAAAAGUUAAUACGUCAAGAAGAAACACUGUUGAAGUAUUAACUGGAGAAGAAGAAUUACUAAUUAAAGAUAUUGGAAGACAUUCUUCUUUUAUGGAACUAGAAGAACAAUGCAAAAGUACAGACAAUACAUUAUUAACACAAAUAAUUUAUUCUUCUAUGCCAAUAGAAAAAUUUAUUUCAAAUUCUGGAUUACCUGAAGUUAUUUGUACACAGUUACAGUCAUUUGUUAUUGCUGAUAUUCUACCAUUAAAAUUAUGUGUUUAUUUAUUUUCUUCUAUAAGUAAAUUAAUUGCGUUAUAUGAGACAUUAGGAAAAAAACAAAGGAUUGAGUCAUUAGUUCAAUUUAAUGAAGAUAUACAAAAGAUUGGGUCUAAAUGUUAUACUCGAUUAUUUGAAAUAAUAAAUUUAAAAUUUCAUAAAGCAUGGGAAAUAUCAUUAAAUCAAAAUUGUUCAGAUAAACCAAUACUACAAGAACUUAAUAGUAUUGUUAAUUUAGUUUGUGAAUUUAGGACUAUUGGCCCUUUUAAGACACUUAUUCUUAACGAUAUGUUUAAAGUACUAAAUAUUUCUUUUUAUGAAGAGGUUAUAAAGGAUCAUUGUACAUUAAUGAUGGGAAUUCAAAUACAAAUGCUCCUUGGAAUAGUAUCUGAUUUUGAAUAUAAACUAAAGAAUUUAUUAGUAUUGAAAGACAAUUUAAUUAUUAUCAAAGAAAUUGGAAGAGUACUUGUUUUAAACCAAAAAAAUUUACUAGUUGAUGAUUCUAGAAGUGAAAUUUGUCCACAUUUAACUGAUGAAAAAUUAGUUAAUUUAUUAACAAAUUAUAACAAACUUAAUCCAAAAGAAAUUCCAUCUGGUACUAUUUCAUUGUUAAGUCGAAAUGUUAAUCAAAGACAUGUAGAAUUCUAUGAUUUCUCACUUCCUGAAUUAAAAGAACAAAAGUUAAAAGAUCUUAUUAGAGACGCUGUUGGAUGUCCAUGGACACCAUUUGAUUUAUCAACUACACCUCUUGCUUCUCGUUCUUAUUUACAAAAACAACAAUCAAUUAAUUGA